AUGACUAGCGCAGAAGUAGUUGAGGCCACGGCUAGUGACCAACAUCUACAGGAAGUGAUCGCUGCCCUCAAGAGCCCUGCCAAAAGGCGCAAUCCAGCUCUCAAGGACUUUGUGUCAAUACAACACGAGCUCUCUGUGGCAGACAAUGGCCUGCUGCUGAAAGGUACUCGUCUCGUUCUACCCGCCGCUCUCCAGCAACGAGCCAUAUCUCUUACAAAUGUGGGGCACCAAGGGACGACCAAGACAACCAAGCUCAUGAAGCAGAAGGUCUGGUUUCCUCAUCUCGAUACUAAAGUGCAAACAGCCCUGAAAACCUGUAUGCCGUACCAAGCGACCAUUCAGUACCAACAUGCCGACCCCAUCGCCAUUCCAGAAAAGGCCAGUCGGCCUUGGGAAGCCCUCUCACUUGACUUCGCCGGUCCAUUUUCAAACGGCAAAUACCUGAUGGUCCUUAUGGAUGACACGUCCCGCUAUCCUGUCGUAAAGAUAUUGUCAUCGCUCACCAGCCAAUCCGUCAUCAAUAGCAUCACCAAGAUCUUCAGCAUCUUCGGAAUUCCAAAGGUGAUCAAAACGGACAACGGACCCCCAUUCUAG